CACAAAAGCAAGAAAUCCUAAAUCCAAUAAGCCUAAAACACAACUAAUAUAAUCACUCUCCAUAUAUACCAUACAAAUAAGAUGACAAUGAAGACACCCUCCCCCUACGUCGCAGUGUUGUUGCUGAUGUUGCUGGUGGUAGAAGGGACAGCACAACCUUUAUCCACCCCUUCAGCCGCCGCAGCAGCACCAGCAACAUGUGACAUAAGAGAGCUGGCCCCUUGCGGAGGCAACAACUCCCAACCCUCCGGGGAGUGUUGCGCGAAGUUGAAGGCACAGGACCCAUCAUGCUUAUGCCAAUACGCCAAAAAUCCAUCUAUCAACGUGCAACAGGCAAGGGCGAUCGCUAAGUACUGCAAUGUGCAAUUGCCCAAGUGCUCAUCUUGAAUCGAAAUAAACCUUCUUAUUUAUCUUACUGCAUUUUCUUCAUAUGCUUCCAUAUAAUUAAGUACGUUUUUAUGAUAUUUAUAUACGAGAAGAAUAAAGUAAACCCUGCACGACCUUUCUCUUUGAUAUGCAUAUUUAAUUAAGAGGAAGUUAAUGUUGUGGUUAUUUGGUUAAUUAAUAAUGUACUUCGUUUUUAUAUCUAUACAUAAGUCAUGAAGUUAUGAUCUAUUGCAUGCAAGUUUUCAACUUGCAAAAACUUACUAGUGUUUCCU